AUGAACUGCCAAGACAGUCCAGAUUUAACUAUUGAUGAUUUUUUUAAGCUCUCAUUUGGGCUAACUCCAAUCGAAUUAGACCCAACAGAGUUUGUCACAAACGAACUCACCAAAGAACUGUUCUCUUCGCUUAUAGAACCAUCUUUAAAAGAACCCAAUCCUACUGGAAUUUUUCGCAAUAUAUUUCUUUAUCUUGUGGAUAUUAUUGUUAGCAGGACCAUUCCAAUCACUCGACUAGUUAAUUAUAUCCAGGCAAUUAAUGAAAAUAAUGAAUUUGUUGAUAUAUAUCAAAUACUCCAACGUUUUGAAGAAUGCACAGGCAGAGAUUUCUUUAUAGCGUUUCUUGAUAAGAUUCCAGAAAAUUCUUUUUCAAAAAUUCUUCAUACGAUUGUUGCCGCUAAUAUUCCUAUUCCAAUUUAUCUUUCGAAUAAUAAACAUUCUCAAAAAGGCCUCAAAGUUCUCAAUGGAUUGCGGGAUAUUAUUUCUGCUCAUAACCAUCACCUUUUUAUCUCUGUAAACCAACCAAAUAAUGAUUUAGGAAUACCUUUCUCGAAGCAACUUUAUAAAAAUUACUCAAAUAAUCGUGAAGAAGUUUCGGGAAUUUGUAAUCCAAAUUCUAUUGAUAUUUCUUUCCAUUCAAAAUCAGAAAAUCAUUCCCGUCCACCUCUAGCUAUCUCAGAAAUUUACUAUGAUCAACCAAGCUCUUCUUCUCUUCGUGACACAGUUAAGAUAUUAUCAAAGUUUGCAUUUUAUAUCGUAAUCCAUGUCUCUAACGAUGACUUUGAUGGAAAUGAAAUCAAUGAUCAAUUUAUUUCUACUAUCAAUGACAUCUCCGUUGAAUGUUAUGAUGGUACUAAACGAAAAAUAUUGACUUUAUUUUGGGGAAUCAAGCCUCAAUUUUUUAACAAUAAUAAAGAAAGGAUUGAAAAGUUAUUAUGUGAAAAAUUUGCUAAUGAUAAUAUCUCGGUUGAGCUAGUCGUCAAUAAUAAAAAGGGUGUAUUAUUCGAAAAAAUCAAAAAGGAUUCAUUCAACAAACUUAAAGAAACCGAAAAUUUAUGGUUAGAUUGGGCCCAUAUGAAUUUUCCUAACUAUGAUAAUACUGAAGAUUUUUUAUUAGAAAACGACUUUGCAUCAUUAAUGGCAAAAUUUGAACAAUUUACUCGUGCUGAUAUUUUCUAUGCUUCCUAUUGUGUAAAUGAGAUUGAGGCAUUACAGGAUAAAACUCGUCUCAAAACUCGUCUCAAACCAUCUGAAAAUUCACAGAACUAUCAAACUGAAGGUGAAAUUAAUCGAUUAAUUCAAAACUUUCAGAAUGAACAAAAAAAUAUCGGGGAAACUGAACCAAUUUCAGUUCUUAUGUGUUUUUCGAAUGUCAUUAAGAAGAACAACAUUAAAUAUAUGCGUGAAUUUGCAUGUCAGGCUGAUAUCUACUUCAAGAAUUAUUCUUUAUCCCAAAAUGACGAUGAAAUAAAAAAUAACGCAAUUGGGAGUGAUCAGACAAAUAUUCAGCGAAAAAAAAUGAAGCAAAAAAUUGAAGAUUUAGAUAUAACAAUUCAUGAUUUUUGGAGGGAAUUUGUUAUUUUAUCCAAGAUAAUGAGAAGCGAUGGUUCAUCAGUCUUAAAAAAAUUAUAUGAUAUUGAUGAUAAGCAACUCGAGAAAGCAUAUAGUAUUUGGAUACGUGAAGGAGAAGCAAUUCAGAUAUUAGAAGGCGUGACACUUAGAACAUUAAAUUCCGGUUUUCUUUCAUCUGUUUUAAGUCAAAUAAUGUCGAAUUCUAAACGCCAAUUAAUUGUUCUUUCAGUCAUUGGGCUCGAAAGUUCCGGAAAAUCUACAUUGUUAAAUUACUUGUUCCAAUGCGGUUUUUCAACCUCUGCUGGACGAUGGUAA